AUGCUGCCUGUGCGUCGCCUACGCUUACAGGCGACUUCUCCUGGAGGCUUCAUCUCCUCCAUCCAGCUUGUCAGGGAACAAGGACCCCUUGCAGGCAUCAAAGUCCUCGACCUGACACGUAUCCUUGCAGGUCCCUAUGCCACUCAAAUGCUCGCUGAUGCAGGUGCCGAUGUCAUCAAAAUCGAGAUACCCAAAAUAGGCGACGAUACACGGCAUUGGAAGGAUAAAGCGGAAGAUGCAUUUUGGAACAAACCAGGUGAACCAGGAACAGAUGCAAAUGUCACUGAAACAAGUCUCUACUUCACUUGUUGUAAUCGUGGCAAACGCUCAUUGGCCGUCAAUCUCAAGUCUCCGGAAGGUGUUGCCAUUAUCAAGCGUCUUGCAGAAGAGUGUGAUGUGGUUGUGGAUAAUUACCUUCCCGGAAAGCUCGAUGAGCUCGGUAUUGGCUACAGUGUCUUAUCUGCCAUCAAUCCACGCAUCAUACACGCAAGUGUCUCUGGUUAUGGCACCUCUGGACCAUUUGCAAAACGUGCAGGGUAUGAUGUGAUUGCAGCAGCAGAAGGUGGUAUGCUCCACAUUACAGGUGAGCGUGGUGGACCACCCGUUAAACCUGGUGUAGCCCUGAUUGACCUCUGUACUGGCUUAUACUCCUACGGUGCCAUCACAUCAGCCCUCUAUGCACGGCAGUUCACCGGCAGGGGACAAAAGAUCGAUGCAUCCUUGCUAGAAACAUGUCUAUCUCUACAAGUCAAUCUAGGAUCCUCCUACCUCAACCUCGGCAAGGAAGCAACACGGUUCGGUUGUGGUCAUCCAAGUAUUGUUCCAUACGACACAUUCACCUGCUCAGAUGCCCAUAUUGUUGUUGGUGCAACAAGUAAUCGACAAUGGUCCAUUCUCAUGGAAACCCUAGGCAAACCGGAAUACAUCACCGACGACCGCUUCCUCACCAACCCAGCUCGUGUGGCGCAUCGUCAAGAAGUCGAAGAGAUCCUCAAUUCAGCCUUCAAAGCCAAGACAGUCGCUGAAUGGUGUGAAGAGCUCAAGCACUCUGGCUUACCAUUUGGUCCCGUCAAUAACCUUGAACGAGCGUUUGCGCAUCCGCAAGUAGGACCACGAGAGAUGAUCCAGUCAUUGCCGUCAAAAGCGAGUAAAUCGGGGACUGUCAAGGUUGCGGGUGUGCCAGUCAAAUACAGUGAUACUCCAGCCUCCAUCAAAUCGGCGCCACCUAGUAUUGGCGAGCAUACGGUGGAUAUCUUGACGGAACUUGGGUAUGCUCAAGAGGAAAUUCAACGCAUGCAACAAGCAGGCACUGUUCAAUAG